UAAAAGAAAAAAAUCGAAAGGACGUCGUAUGUCAUGAUUGUCAUGUCACUUUAGUUAACCUUUAAACCUAUUCAUCAAAAUUGUACUUUGGCGUUCGUUAUUCUGUUAUAAAUAAGUUAAAAUAAUGUUGAGAACGGCUGUGCUUUGCGAAGCCGCUUUUUUAAAAAAUGGAGCGAAAAUUUUUGGUUCUACUGCCAACGGGCAGUGGCAGCCAAAGCAACAGCAAGUUAGACAUUUAAAUGUGCAUGAACAUAUCAGUUAUACCUUAUUAAAUGAUGCUGGAAUUACUGUUCCCCAGUUUGGGGUUGCAAAAACCAAAAAGGAAGCGAGAGAAAUUGCUGAAAGAUUAAACACCAAAGAUUUAGUGCUAAAAGCCCAAGUACUUGCAGGUGGUCGAGGGAAAGGCUCAUUUAAGAAUGGUUUAAAAGGGGGUGUACGUAUGGUUUAUUCUCCAGAUGAAGCAGAAGAUAUUGCUGGCCAGAUGUUAGGACAGUACUUGGUAACAAAACAGACAGGAGAAAAAGGCAGAAUAUGCAAUGCAGUAAUGGUUGCAGAACGUAAAUUUCCUAGAAAAGAGUUUUACUUUGCUGUAAUGAUGGAAAGAGCAUUUUCUGGUCCCGUGAUUAUCGCAUCUUCUCAAGGAGGAGUUAAUAUUGAAGAAGUGGCUGCAGAAAAUCCAAAUGCCAUUCUAUAUGAACCUAUUGAUAUAAUAAAGGGACUCACAAAAGAACAAGCUGAGAAGGUGGCAGAAAAAGUGGGUUUGGCCUCCCAAAAGGAAAAAACUGCUGAUAUGCUACUAAGAAUGUAUGAUUUAUUUGUGAAAAAGGAUGCUUUACUUAUAGAAAUUAAUCCCUAUGCUGAAGAUGCUGGAGAGAAAUAUUUUUCUCUUGAUGCAAAGUUUCGAUUUGAUGAUAAUGCUGCUUUUAGACAGAAGGAAUUGUUUGCACUUAGAGACUGGACCCAGGAAGAUGAAAAAGAAGUUGCAGCAGCAAAGUUUGAUUUAAAUUAUAUUGCUCUUGAUGGCAACAUUGGCUGCAUGGUGAAUGGUGCCGGUUUAGCCAUGGCUACCAUGGACAUAAUAUCGUUACACGGUGGUUCACCUGCCAAUUUUUUGGAUGUUGGUGGAGGCGCUACAGCUCAAGCAGUGAAGGAAGCUUUUAAAAUUAUUACCGCUGAUCCUAAAGUGCACGCUAUUCUUGUGAACAUAUUUGGUGGUAUUAUGAGGUGUGAUGUAAUUGCUGAAGGUAUCAUCGCAGCAGCUAAGGAGCUGAGCCUUCGAAUGCCCAUAGUAUGUAGGUUGCAAGGAACGAACGUUGACGACGCUAAAGUAUUGAUAGCUAGUUCGGGGUUGAAAAUUUUACCAGUCGAUAAUUUAGAUGAAGCAGCACGACUGGCUGUGAAACUGUCAAAUAUUGUGAGUCUAGCAAGGGAUGCUAAAUUGGAUAUUAAUUUCGAAAUGCCCUUGUAACUGUGACAAUUAAAUAUAAAGAUGAAGCUGUGCUGGAUCUUCUUUUGUUAUAAUACAAGGGUUCUAAGUGUGCAGUGAAUAAUAAGAAUUAUAUUGAGUAAGUUCUAAAAUGUGAGCUUUUAAUUUGCGCAUUUGCACAUAAUUAAAUUCAAUAAAUAUGUGGGUAAUAUCCUUUUGGUUGCACUUUUGGCACAAGUGUUUAUGUAGUUUUAUCCAGUUUAAACCUCAGUAAUUUUUUUUAUGUGCCAUGUAGGUACUCCAGUAAAUUAAUGAGAAUGUGUAUCCAGUUUCAUCAUACAGUAAAAAUGAAUGUUAUUUAUUGCAUCGAUUAUAUUUAUUGCUUAAUUUAAAUAAUAAAGUAAACUUUUAAAUAAA